GCGCCCGCGCCUCCAGCGGAAGCCGGAAGCGAAAGCGGGCCUUGCUAGCCCCCGGCUCCGAACUCGGUGGUCUUGGAGGCUCCGCAGGAUGGGGCAGAAGAUGGCAGAGGAGGAGUUCCCCAACACAACUCAUGAAGGUUUCAAUGUCACCCUCCACACUACCCUGGUUGUCACUACGAGACUGGUGCUCCCGACCCCUGCCAAGCCCAUCCUCCCCGUGCAGACGGGGGAGCAGGCUCAGCAGGAGGAGCAGUCAAAUGGCAUGACCAUCUUCUUCAGCCUCCUCGUCCUAGCUAUCUGCAUCAUACUGGUGCAUUUACUGAUCCGAUACAGGUUACAUUUCUUGCCAGAGAGCGUUGCUGUUGUUUCUUUAGGUAUUCUCAUGGGAGCAGUUAUAAAAAUUAUAGAGUUUAAAAAACUGGCAAAUUGGAAGGAAGAAGAAAUGUUUCGUCCAAAUAUGUUUUUCCUCCUGUUGCUUCCACCUAUUAUAUUUGAGUCAGGAUAUUCAUUACACAAGGGUAACUUCUUUCAAAAUAUUGGUUCCAUCACCCUAUUUGCUGUUUUUGGUACGGCAAUUUCUGCUUUUGUAGUAGGUGGAGGAAUUUAUUUUCUCGGUCAGGCUGAUGUAAUCUCUAAACUCAACAUGACAGACAGUUUUGCAUUUGGCUCCCUAAUUUCUGCUGUUGAUCCAGUGGCUACUAUUGCUAUUUUCAAUGCACUUCACGUGGACCCAGUGCUCAACAUGCUGGUUUUUGGAGAGAGUAUUCUCAACGAUGCAGUCUCCAUUGUCCUGACCAACACAGCUGAAGGUUUAACAAGAAAAAAUAUGUCAGAUGUCAGUGGGUGGCAAACAUUUUUACAAGCCCUUGGCUACUUCCUCAAAAUGUUCUUUGGCUCAGCAGCGCUCGGCACUCUCACUGGCUUAAUCUCUGCAUUAGUGCUAAAGCAUAUUGACUUGAGGAAAACGCCUUCCUUGGAGUUUGGCAUGAUGAUCAUUUUUGCUUAUCUUCCUUAUGGGCUUGCAGAAGGAAUCUCACUCUCGGGCAUUAUGGCCAUCCUGUUCUCAGGCAUCGUGAUGUCUCACUACACACACCAUAACCUGUCCCCGGUCACCCAGAUCCUCAUGCAGCAAACCCUCCGGACCGUGGCCUUCUUGUGUGAAACAUGUGUGUUUGCAUUUCUUGGCCUGUCCAUUUUUAGUUUCCCUCACAAGUUUGAAAUUUCCUUUGUCAUCUGGUGCAUAGUGCUUGUACUGUUUGGCAGAGCGCUGAACAUUUUCCCUCUUUCCUACCUCCUGAAUUUCUUCCGUGAUCAUAAAAUCACACCGAAGAUGAUGUUCAUCAUGUGGUUUAGUGGCCUGCGGGGGGCCAUCCCCUACGCCCUGAGCCUGCACCUGGACCUGGAGCCCAUGGAGAAGCGGCAGCUCAUCGGCACCACCACAAUCAUCAUCGUGCUCUUCACCAUCCUGCUGCUGGGCGGCAGCACCAUGCCCCUCAUCCGCCUCAUGGACAUCGAGGACGCCAAGGCGCGCCGCAGGAACAAAAAGGACGUCAACCUCAGCAAGACGGAGAAGAUGGGCAACACCGUGGAGUCGGAACACUUGUCAGAGCUCACCGAGGAGGAGUAUGAAGCCCACUACAUCCGGCGGCAGGACCUCAAAGGCUUCCUGUGGCUAGACGCCAAGUACCUGAACCCCUUCUUCACACGGCGGCUGACCCAGGAGGACCUCCACCACGGGCGCAUCCAGAUGAAAACCCUCACCAACAAGUGGUACGAGGAGGUGCGCCAGGGCCCCUCUGGCUCCGAGGACGACGAGCAGGAGCUGCUGUGACUGAGCAGGUGCUGUGGCCUCUGGGCAGGCAGGGCCGCCACGCUGCCACCC